GGAGCUGCUGUAGCGGUGGUGGCGCCGCGGCCAGGUCUGCGAUGAGCGCUGCGGAGGCCGACCGCUGGGCGUGGCUGCUGGUGCUCAGCUUCGUGUUUGGGUGUAAUGUCCUCCGGAUCCUCCUCCCGUCCUUCUCCUCCUUCAUGUCCAGGGUGCUGCAGAAGGACGCAGAGCAGGAGGCGCAGAUGAGAGCGGAGAUCCACGGGAUGAAGCAAGAGCUCUCCACUGUCAACAUGAUGGACGAGUUUGCCAGAUACGCCAGACUGGAGAGAAAGAUCAACAAGAUGACCGAUAAGCUCAAAACUCACGUGAAAGCACGGACAGGUCAAUUAGCCAAGAUAAAAUGGGUUAUAAGUGUUGCUUUCUACAUAUUGCAAGCUGCACUGAUGAUCUCACUUAUUUGGAAGUAUUAUUCUGUCCCUGUGGCUGUGGUGCCAAGUAAAUGGAUAACUCCACUUGAUCGCCUGGUAGCAUUUCCUACUAGAGUAGCAGGUGGCAUUGGAAUUACUUGUUGGAUUUUAGUCUGUAACAAAGUUGUGGCUAUUGUGCUUCACCCUUUCAGCUGAAAAGGAAGACUACAGGACUUUUUAUUUUGAAUAGAAGUGGUGAGAGUAGACAGCCUUGUCUUGCUCUUCAUCUUGGGGG